UCCGGCCCAAACAGUGACAUUGGAAGUACUUCAUUCCUUUAAUGGAGACAAGCCUGGCACUAGUAGUUCCAAACAGAUCUGAAAUCUCCUGAGUUUAUUUUAUGAAUUGGAAAUAUCAUGCAAUUGUAAGUGAGACUGAUUUCUGCCUUUGCAUUGUUAUUUCCAACUAUUAAAAACCAAAAACCAUUGAUAAUGAGACUAUCAUCAGCCUCCGCGGACGACCGUGCUGGCAGCGGAGGCUACCGAGAUGCGGAGACACUAUUCCGUACGAAACCGAUUUCCCAAAUUCGGGAUGUGGAAACCGCAACUAGAAAACAGAUCCAGGACAAGAAGGAGGAGCUUCGCCAGCUGGUUGGCAACCGGUACAGAGACCUUAUUGAUUCUGCCGACUCUAUCGUCCUCAUGAAGUCGUCCUGCGAGUCCAUUUCUUCUAAUGUAGCUUCCAUCCAAACUAACAUUCGUUCCCUCUCAGCAUCUCCUGUAUCGGAAACCCCCAAAUUCAGCAACUCUAACCCCGCUCGUCUCCGAAUCUAUGGGAUUGCGUGUCGCGUCAAGUACUUGGUUGACACUCCCGAGAACAUCUGGGGUUGCCUCGACGAGUCAAUGUUUCUGGAAGCCGCUGGGAGAUACAUUCGUGCCAGGCACGUGCACUUUAAUCUUACGCUGUCCAACAAUGCUAACGCUGACUCCUGUGCUGAAUGGGAUCACACCAAGAUCUUGUCCAUUUUCCCUCUUUUGCAACACCAGUGGCAGAUUGUCGAGAGCUUCAAGGCCCAGAUUUCACAGCGGAGCCGCGAGAGGUUGUUGGAUCCGGGCCUAGACAUUGGGGCCUAUGCUGAUGCGUUGGCUGCGGUUGCUGUCAUUGAUGAAUUAGAUCCUAAGCAGGUACUUGGUUUGUUUCUUGACGCUAGGAAGUCCUGGAUUUUGCAGAAAUUAGCUACUUUUGGCGGCAAUGAUAAUAAUGCUGCAACCGGUGAGGUUGUGGUUUCUGUGUUUUGUGAAGUUCUGAUGAUCAUUCAGGUUAGUGUAGCGCAAGUAGGUGAGUUGUUUUUGCGAGUUUUGAACGAUAUGCCUUUAUUUUACAAAGUUAUUUUGUGUUCCCCUCCUGCCUCUCAAUUGUUUGGUGGAAUUCCUAACCCAGAUGGGGAGGUGAGGUUGUGGAAAUUGUUUAGGGAAAGAUUGGAGUCUGCAAUGGUUACUCUUAAUAAACAGUACAUUGCAAGGACAUGUAUGACAUGGUUGAGAGACUCUGGUGGAGAGGUUGUGAGUAAUAGGAAUGGCAAGUACUUGAUUGAUGCUAUUGCCACUGGUGGAGAGCUUUCAUUGGCUGAAAAGUUGAUAAGAGAGACCAUGGACAGUAAACAAGUUUUGCAGGGGAGUUUGGACUGGCUCAAGAGUGUUUUUGGGUCUGAGAUUGAGUUGCCGUGGAGUAGGAUUCGAGAGCUAGUUCUAGAAGAUGACUCAGAUCUCUGGGAUGAAAUAUUUGAAGAUGCUUUUGUUAAGAGGAUGAAAGACAUUAUCAGCUCUGCAUUUGAGGAUUUGGCAAAAGGUAUUCAUGUGGAGGACUCCAUUUGCACAAUUGGAGAGGCUAUUGGCAAACAUGACUUCCAGGGUUACUUGAACAGGCCUUCUACAGGUGGUGGUGUUUGGUUUAUAGAAUCCAAUGCAUAUAGGUCUAGUAUACUGUCGGGUUAUAAGACAUCUCCUGAAGAAAAUGAUUUCCAGAGUUGUCUCAGUGCCUACUUUGGUCCUGAAGUUAGCCAAAUCAGAGAUACAGUGGACAGCUGUUGUCAAAGUGUGCUUGAGGACCUACUCAGUUUCUUAGAAUCUCCAAAGGCAGUACUCAGGCUAAAAGAUUUGGGCCCGUUUCUACAGGAUAACUGUUAUGAUAGCAUGUCAACCAUUCUGGCUGAGCUCAAGAGGGUCCUCGAUAAGUUAAAUGCUACCAUGGAAAAUGCCAGCAAGGAAAGUCUUUCUGUGCCUCCAGCUACAGUUGUUGAGAGAUCCCUUUUUGUUGGGAGACUGUUGUUUGCAUUUCAGAACCACACAGAACACAUUCCAUUGAUACUUGGAUCUCCAAGGUUUUGGACAAAAGAUACUGUGGCUGCAGUUUUUGACAAGUUACCAUCUGUAUUGAGGAAAUCUCGAGUUGCCAUAGAUUCUCCAAUUGCUGAUAGUACUGGCAGGCAAACACCCACUGGUUCUAGACGACAGACUUCAUCUGCUACAGCUGCUUUGCUAGGAGCAAAUGAAAAUGCAAGCCCUAAACUUGAAGAACUAGCCAGAACCACCAGGGAUCUUUCCAUCAGAGCUCACAACUUGUGGAUGUUCUGGUUAUCUGAUGAGCUUUCGGCCAUUCUUGCUCGAGAUCUUGGAAAGGAUGACGGAUUGUCAGCUAUUACUCCCUUGAGGGGCUGGGACGAGACAGUAGUGAAGCAAGAACAAUAUGAUGAGAACUAUUCUGAAAUGAAAUUAUCACUCCCAUCCUUGCCGUCUCUCUAUAUUAUUUCUUUUCUGUUUCGAGCAUGUGAAGAAAUUCAUAGGAUUGGGGGUCAUGUACUUAACAAAUUGAUUCUGCAAAAAUUUGCGUUAAGACUACUGCAAAAGCUUAUUGAAAUUUAUGAGGACUUCCUUUCUUCUAGAGAUUCCCAUGCAUCUCAGGUGUCAGAGAAAGGAGUUCUGCAAAUACUCUUAGACCUAAAAUUUGCUGCAGAUGUUCUUUCUGGGGGUGAUUCCAAUAUGACUGAGGACUUUUCUAAAAGUCCCAUGAUAAAAGUUUCUUUCAGAAGGAAGCAGGAGCAAAGUCAAACAAAGUCUGUCUUUAGAGAGCGUAUUGAGGGGCUAAUUAGCCGUUUUUCACAAAAAUUGGAUCCAAUAGACUGGCUGACGUAUGAGUCAUACCUCUGGGAGAAUGAGAGACAGUCAUACCUACGACAUGCAGUCCUCUUUGGAUUCUUUGUGCAACUGAAUCGGAUGUACACAGACACUGUGCAGAAACUGCCAUCCAAUCCUGAGUCAAAUAUAAUGAGAUGCUCUACUGUUCCUCGUUUCAAAUACCUUCCAACCAGUGCACCAGCAUUGUCUUCAAAGGGAACACCAAAGGCAUCCAUUCCUGCAGCUUCAGAUGAUAUCUCCUUAAGAAGUUCCUGGAAAGCCUAUACCAAUGGGGAGCUUUCACAAAAGAUUGACUUGGAUGACAACUCAAGUUUUGGUGUAGCAGCCCCAAUUUUGAAGUCAUUUAUGCAGGUUGGCAGCAGGUUUGGAGAGAGCACCCUAAAGUUGGGAUCCAUAUUAACUGAUGGGCAAGUAGGGAUAUUCAAAGAUCGAUCAGCAGCUGCCAUGUCAACAUUUGGUGAUAUUUUACCUGCCCAAGCUGCGGGUCUUCUUUCAUCCUUUACAGCUACCAGAUCAGACUCUUGAUUUCCACUGAAUUCUUCUGUCCUCUUCUUUUCUUUAAGUAAUUAGUUGCACACUUUGUUCCAGUGAAGAGCACUAAGAAAUUCCCCAAAUAUAGGGAGGUUAUGAUACUGAAAGUUCGUACUUCACCCAAGUGGAAGGGUUAUAAAUAUAGUAUGUAGACAGGCAGUGAGAAGAUUCCAAGGCAAAGUGUGCAGGGGGAUUGGAACUGUUAGAGAAAUGGUUAUACCUCAAGAUAAAUGGAAAAAAGGAAUUUUUAAAGGGAACAAAUGGGAAUCAAAAGAAGCAAUUACAUUUCUCAAUCUAUAUUCUAUAGAGAGGCAUGAAAGUAGUGUAGUGUCAGAAUGUGAGGUUUGUAUCUUGGAGUUCUCAUGUAUAUAGAAACCGUUGCCUUUACCAAUAAUAUAGCACGAAGAUGUAAAAGCUAGUUGGAGUGAAGUUUUAUGUAGUCUGAGGUUCUGAUGCUGGAUCUGAAUAUUUAGAAGAUGUUUUUUCUUGGUUCUCACUUCUCAGUUGUGAGAAUUUCUUUCCAGAGAAGGUGGUUCACAUGGAAUGGAGUGAUGGCAUUGGCUUAUUGCAAAAAGAUGUUUGUGCAAGUUGUGCAUAUGAUCUAGAUUCUGCAGCCACAAGAGACUUUUCUUUCACUUACUGGAUUUAUCUUAAGGAAAAGCUUGGAAUUACCUUUUGCUUGGUGGAUAUGAUGCAGCAGUUUUAACUUCCACUGUUGUCAUAGCCUAUCUACCUACCUGCAUUAUGGUACCAUAAUGCAUAUAAAAAGGCUACAUAAUGCAUAUAAAAAGGCUUUUUGAUGAGUUAAAGCCGUCUGUUUGACAUUGAAAAUGUAUAUUGACUCUAGAUAAAUGAUAUCCUUAGGGCUUCUCCUUUUAAGUUUUUAUUUUUUUUCAUUUUUUUAUUACAAUCCAAUUUCUGUUACCGUUAGAUCAAGUAUACGUCCUGUAUUAUUAUUGUUCUUCAUAUUUGUCUUCGGAAUAAUCACUUUCUGCAAUACAAAGAGAACAAAAAAGAGGGACUGUUAGUUGUGUUAAACCCAGCUCAAUUGGGAGAAUGCUGCCUGAACGCUUGCUGUUACAAGUUACAAUGAUUGUAAUUAUGUUUCAUGGAAGCCAUUAUUCUAUAUUUCCUUAUGCUCA